UUCUUCUCAGUGCAUUGGCUGAGAGAGAGCGCGCAUGAGACACACACACACACACACACACACACACACACACACACACACUGGGGUGUUUUCAGAGUGGCUCUAGCAGAGAGGUGGGGUAGAACAGUGGGGAGCCGUGCGGAUGGGUGAAGUGCAUGUGUGCCUGCUUAGACGGGCCAGAAAAGCUAAACUUAAGAAAUCUGCCUAUGUACAGAACAAAUCAACAGAAGGGGUUCUCAUUAAUCUGCCGUCUGUGAAUUUCGUUAUUUUUCAGGAGAAGCGCUACAAAGCAGCCACUGUGCUUACUGAACGGCCUCCCCCUGCAUCGCUUAAUUGAGAAGGUAUACAAAUGCUCUCAGUCCAGCCAGACACCAAGCCGAAAGGUUGUGCUGGCUGCAACCGAAAGAUCAAGGACCGGUAUCUUCUAAAGGCACUGGACAAAUACUGGCAUGAAGACUGCCUGAAGUGUGCCUGCUGUGACUGUCGCUUGGGAGAGGUGGGCUCCACCCUGUACACUAAAGCUAAUCUUAUCCUUUGUCGCAGAGACUAUCUGAGGCUCUUCGGUGUAACGGGAAACUGUGCUGCCUGUAGUAAGCUCAUCCCUGCCUUUGAGAUGGUGAUGCGUGCCAAGGACAAUGUUUACCACCUGGACUGCUUUGCAUGUCAGCUUUGUAAUCAGAGAUUUUGUGUUGGAGACAAAUUUUUCCUGAAGAAUAACAUGAUCCUUUGCCAGACGGACUACGAGGAAGGUUUAAUGAAAGAAGGUUAUGCACCCCAGGUUCGCUGAUCUAUCAACAUCACCCCAUUAAGAAUACAAAGCACUACAUUCUUUUAUCUUUUUUGCUCCACAUGUAUAUAAGAAUCGACACAGGAACCUACUGAAUAGCGUAGAUAUAGGGAAGCAGGAUGGUUAUAUGGAAUAAAAGGCGGACUGCAUCUGUAUGUAGUGAAAUUGCCCCCGUUCAGAGUUGAAUGUUUAUUAUUAAAGAAAAAAGUAAUGUACAUAUUGCUGGAUUUUUUUGCUUGCUAUUCAUUUUUGUGUCACUUGGCAUGAGAUGUUUAUUUUGGACUAUUGUAUAUAAUGUAUUGUAAUAUUUGAAGCACAAAUGUAAUACAGUUUUAUUGUGUUACCAUUUGUGUUCUGUUUGCUUCUUUGUAUUGUUGCAUUUAGUACAAUCAGUGUUUAAACUUACUGUAUAUUUAUGCUUUCUGUAUCUACCAGCUAUUUUAAAUGAGCUGUAACUUUCUAGUAAAGAACUGAAGAGCAAAUCUCACUAAUGAUACACAGAUAGAUAAAACAAGUCUAUCAACAUUAAAAACACUAAACAAUAAAGACACACACAAAGCAUUUUAGUGACAUCCACUACUUAUUGCCACUAUGAUUUAGAGUCUAUCGGUGUUCUUGUUAUAACCCCCUAUUUUCAGGGGGUUAAAAAAAUCAGCUUUAAAAAAUGCAUAAAAAUUUCAUCUUAAAGCACUUUCAUUUUAUACCAACGUGAAAAGUGCCAUUUUUAGAAUGACUUUAAAGCUUACCAGUUAUCCUUUUAAUAUCCUUUUUGUGUGUUCUUUGCCUACACAAUGGCUUUGUUUUGCUUUUUCAGUCACACCCCUUAUGUGAACUAGUGCCUUUGGGUAUAGUGUAAAAAUUUUCCAAAGGGUUACUUUUAAAAAGUAUUGCCACAAUUAUGAGAUAAUUUUAAAAUGAUAAAGUAAAUUUCUUGUAUAAAUUUUGCCCAGAUCUCUCCAUAAGAGCUAAGGGUUUAAUAACUUUAUGGCUUAAUAAAUUUAUGGCACUGAAAAGAUUUGAGUGUGAAUCUACUGAAAUCAUGGUAAUGCACAUUGAAGUAUGAUGGUAUUUGAGUAGUGAAGUUACUUUUGAGCAGAGCAACAUAAUGCUCAUAGAAUCUUCUAGAAGAAGAGGAACAAAGGGAUUGAUAAAAAGCUGAGAACUGGUGAUUAUAUAUUUUUCUGUAUUUCCCUGCCGUUUAUUUCAAUGUUUAAAAAGUGAACCCUUUAAGUUUGAUGCGGCUUACUUUACUCAUUGCUUGAGGGAAUUACCGACUCAGAAUACAUCACACACAGGCUGAAAUCUGCCACUCCAUGUCUUAAAGGUGAAAUAUGCCCUUCCCUACAUGAUAGCAGAUAAAGAAAAAAGCUCUAGAAACAGAAAUUAUGGAGAACAAUUAUUUAAAUUACAAUUAAGGAAAUAAAAAUGAGAAUAUGAUCCCCUCUUCUGGGUUGCUCACACUUUGUUUCUUUGCUUCUACUCCCUGUAAUAAAACUACUUUUCAACAAAUCUAAUUCUGCGUAGGCACAAUGAACCAUAUUUCUACCAUAGCAAACAGUGCUAUGGGUUUUCUUUUUAUUUUUUUUUUUUUGAUCACUUGUACAGGAAACAAUAUUUCCCAGUGUUAUUUACAUACAUAUUUUGUCCUGCCAAUAUAUGCAUUACAGAAAAUUAAAUGUUAAACCUGAAUUUUUGGUUUGGGGCCAAAAUAUUAAGCUGAAAAUAAUGCUGGUGUGGAUUUGAGUUGUUUUGAAACAAAGCUUUAUUAUGAACGUGCAUGUGAAUCUCUAUAUUGCCUCUUAUUUUUAAGAAAAUGGUUCUGUGAAAAGUGAAUGAUAUGUAUUUUUACAAAUGCUUCAUGGUUAAGAGUGUUCACAUCACAUGUCCCCCAAAUUCAAAAUUAUAUUGAAGAAAGAAUUUCAAAAAUAGCUAUUUGGAUCUCACAGAAUAACUGUUAUUUUAGCCUUUGAGCCUUACAAUUGUUUCACAAAAAAAAAAAAAAAAAAAACAAACCUUGUAUAGCCAAAAACAAAGCAAGACAAAAUAAAAAUGGGAGGGAGUGAGAUAAGUGAGAGGUGUUUUCAUAACACAGCCCUGCUAGUCCUUAUUAACAGUUGUUUGAAAUUCACGUGGAUGUAAAAUUUUAAUUGUCAGUAUCUUUUUCAAAUGAUUUUUUUUUAGAUUUAAAUGGUUUUUAUAUGUUUAUUGAUAUGUGGAAAUACUUGUAAAUUGGGAACAAACUUGUCUCAACUUCUUGAAGCCGUUCAACUAUCCUUGCCACCCAAAGACCAAACAAGGUUUUCACUGCUUUUUCUUUUACUUAAUACUUUGGGAAUCAACUCUUAUGCUUUUUACUACAAACAAAAUUACUCGCCUGAAUUAAAGGUUAAGGCCUUAAUCUGUUUAGAUUAUCUUUAAUCUCUAUGAAGUUGUGAAACAAGACAGGAAUAAUUUCAGCUGUAGGCCAUUUUUACAGCUAACUGUCCAUAAACAGUAGCAUUUUUGACCUGGAGUACUAAACUAAUUGUCUUGACUACUCAAAGCCCUGGAAUUGUCAACUUUCCUCUUUGUGUUGUGUAGCCCUGACGUCAUUUAGCUUGUUAUCUGAUGCUUCCAAUAGGACACCCCUGAUGUAGCUUUGAUUUCUCAAGCAGUGAAACUCGCUCCCUAACUCGCUUCUCACAGGGUGCCUAUGGUGAAGGACCAGGCACCCCCACUACACCAAGUGCUGAUUGAGUUUAAAAGCUGACCUGUGUUUGUAAUUUCACUUUCAUCUUGCUUAAUAAAUAUCUGCUGAAUUCUUUCACUUUUUACAUUUGGAUUUAUGUUUUUGAUAAAAGGGGUAUUA